UACUUGGUUUUAAAAUUUUAUAAAUGCGUAAAAAUGUUUUAAAUGCUAGAUAUAAAUUCAGCGCUAAUUAGUGCAUUUAUUAAAAUAUUAUUCAAUAAUCGCUUGCCACGAAAUUAAAUUUUUGAAGACAUUUAAAAUGAGUGUAUCUAUUAUAGAUUUGCCGAGGGAGAUUUUUGCAAAUAUAUUAAUAUCAACAGACGGAUAUACGUUAGGAAAAUGUAGAAGGGUCUGCAGCGGCUGGAAGGACUUUAUAGAUCAGACAGAUAUCUUGUGGGAAAGGAUGUGUAUGAAAGAUUUCAAAUGCUCUUCUCAAAUCGCCAAAAGAAAAUCCGGAAACGAUUGCAAGUGGUAUUAUAUAUAUAGAAACCUAAAACUUUGGUGCGAUUCCAUAAUGCAUGUUAAGAGACUUAAAGAAUUUUAUAAAUUCAAUGUUAACACUUUAGAAGUAAGCUAUGGAGUUUUACCUGUCCGAGACUUAGUUGGUACUGUUCUCUUCGAUACUACAACAUUAAAGAUUAUUCCAAUAACACUACCGGAACGAAACUGUGUAAGAAUUGCUAAUAAUGACAAAGUCACAGUUGUUCUGCUGUCCAAUAGUAAGAUUUUAAUACAACGGACCAUAGAAUCAACUAGUUACACAAACGAAGCAGUCUUUAAUGCAGAAAACUUUGCGCUUAGCAAUGACUAUGUAUAUUACUACAUGAAUAAUUAUAUUUACAAGUGCAAUCUUCAAAGUCCUAAUUUAUCCAGCAUGUUGAUUGUAAAUUGUGAGUACCAAAUAGCGAAUAUAGAACACAAUAACGAGAUAACAUGCAUUUUUACAAAGUGUAAGAAAUUUUUGAAUAUUCUGAAAGAUAAUACAAUAGUUAUAAAACCAGUUACUUGUCCAAAGGAAUGGCUGCCACAAUUAAAGAAUGUGUAUUAUUUCAAUGAAAAAAAUUAUAUAUCAUAUUCGAGAAAUUUAUUCAUAUUGCAUACAGAAAAAGCCUUGCACACAUACAUAAAUUUCCCUCCGAUAGCUUCGUUAUUUUUCUACGGUGACAUUGUUUUGAUCGGCACAAGAAACAGCGAGAUAUUCUUAUAUAAACCAUUUGAUAAAAAGAAAACUAAGCACACAGAGAUAUAUCAGUACAUGAGCUUAUUAGUUAAAUUGCCAGAUAAUAAAAUUCCAAUGAAAAUUGAUGUUUGCGAGCGUAAAUCUGGAUCACUCAUAUUGGUGAUGACUUCGUCUGAUCUCUUCACUAUCGAUAUCAACAUUAGUUACAAUGAUGCGGGAAUCAACACGUCAAGGAUAUACAGCAAGACUCAAAUAGAUAUGUACAAAAGGUUGUUGAAAAUCAAAGAAAGAUUGGACAAAACUACAUACACCGUUAAUAGUUAGAUUUCUUAUACACAAGUAGUGCAUAACCUCAUUUGAAUAAUUGGUGACAUAUUUUUGUUGGAGAACAUAAUUAGUAAUUACCUAAUUAAAAAU